AUAAAAGGACCAGGAAGCACCAGAGAGGCCAGAGGAACCUGAGCAGCGCACCCACAGCCCUGGAAGAGGCCCGCUGGCUCAGGCUCUGCUCAGACCCACACGAUGUCCUGCCGCUCCUACAGGAUCAACUCGGGAUAUGGGGUCACCAGGACCUUCAGCUCCUGCUCGGCUGUGGCCCCCAAAACUGGCAGCCGCUGCUGCAUCACUGCCGCCCCUUAUAGGGGGGUGUCCUGCUACCGGGGGCUGACCGGGGGCUUCGGGAGCCGCAGCCUCUCUCACCUGGGCGCCUGUGGGCCCCGCAUGGCGGUGGGCGCCUUCCGCUCUGGCUCCUGUGGACGCAGCUUCGGAUACCGCUCAGGCGGCGUGUGCGGACCCAGCCCGCCCUGCAUCACCACCGUGUCCGUCAAUGAGAGCCUCCUCACGCCCCUCAACCUGGAGAUCGAUCCCGACGCGCAGUGCGUGAAGCAUGAGGAGAAGGAGCAGAUCAAGUGUCUCAACAACAGGUUCGCUGCCUUCAUCGACAAGGUGCGCUUCCUGGAGCAGCAGAACAAGCUGCUGGAGACCAAGUGGCAGUACUACCAGAACCAGCGCUGCUGCGAGAGCAACCUGGAGCCGCUGUUCAAUGGCUACAUUGACACGCUGAGGCGGGAGGCUGAGUGUGUGGAGGCCGACAGCGGGAGGCUGGCCUCAGAGCUCAACCACGUGCAGGAGGUGCUGGAGGGCUACAAGAAGAAGUAUGAAGAGGAGGUGGCUCUGAGAGCCACGGCAGAGAACGAGUUCGUGGUUCUAAAGAAGGACGUGGAUUGCGCAUACCUGCGGAAAUCAGACCUGGAGGCUAAUGUGGAAGCCCUGGUGGAGGAGUCCAGCUUCCUGAAGCGACUCUAUGAUGAGGAGCUCCAGAUUCUCCACGCCCACAUCUCAGACACCUCGGUCAUCGUCAAGAUGGACAACAGCCGGGACCUGAACAUGGACUGUGUCGUGGCUGAGAUCAAGGCCCAGUACGAUGAUGUCGCCAGCCGUAGCCGGGCCGAGGCCGAGUCCUGGUACCGCAGCAAGUGCGAGGAGAUGAAGGCCACAGUGAUCCGUCACGGGGAGACCCUGCGCCGCACCAAGGAGGAGAUCAACGAGCUGAACCGCAUGGUCCAGAGGCUGACCGCCGAGAUUGAGAACGCCAAGUGCCAGCGGGCCAAGCUGGAGGCUGCCGUGGCCGAGGCAGAGCAACAGGGCGAAGCGGCCAUCAGCGAUGCCCGCUGCAAGUUAGCUGAGCUGGAGGCCGCCCUGCAGAAGGCCAAGCAGGACAUGGCCUGCCUGCUCAAGGAGUACCAGGAGGUGAUGAACUCCAAGCUGGGCCUGGACAUCGAGAUCGCCACCUACAGGCGCCUGCUGGAGGGCGAGGAGCACAGGCUGUGUGAAGGCGUGGGCGCCGUGAAUGUGUGCGUCAGCAGCUCCCGCGGCGGAGUCACCUGUGGGGGCCUCACGUGUAGCACCACCCCGGGGCGCCAGAUUGUGUCGGGCCCCAUGGCCACCGGGGGCAGCAUCACGGUGAUGGCGCCUGACUCCUGCGCCCCCUGCCAGCCACGCCCCUCCAGCUUCAGUUGCGGGAGCAGCCGGUCUGUCCGCUUUGCAUAGAGUCUGGGGCCAACUGCGUCCAUAUGUGCACAGAGGGUGUGUGAAUGGAAAUGUGUGCUUGCUUCUGGAAUCUUCCACAUGUUCCUUCAGAGGGACAGACCCUGGGGCCGCUCCGCCACCUUCUCUUUUUAGGGAGUUGUUUCCUGGUUCUCCUCCUAGCUUCGGUUAGAGAGUCAUUCCCAGCCUUUCACUUAAGUCCAAUUUAACUCAGAAAUACCCGCGGCCAAUUUGCACUGUUCACCAAGCUCCCUGGGACAUUACCAGUCACCCGGGUGGCUGCACAUCAUGGGGACUUGGCCUUCCCCUGGAACAAGAAAGAGCCUAACCAUCCUCAGGUCUCCAACAACGUGAGAAUCAGAGAGGAAGUCCCCCCACCCCCCAACACACCCCACAGCUCCCUCUGCUGGUUGGGAAGGUUUCUGCAGGGAGCACCUGCCCCGUGGUCAUUUUUGUGUGUUAUGCUAGUCUCUCUGACUGACUGCCUUCCUCUGAGUUAACCUGUUCCAGCCAGACUCCUCACGGUCACCUCCCACUGAGAGGCCCAUUAAGGGGAAGGAAAUCCUUUUGACUUUGGACAGGUAUUGCUAUUGAAUGCACUUUAUACAUUUCAAAGAAACUCCACAGUUGCUCCAGAUCUCCCUCUGCCCACGCAGGAGGGGUCUGUCCAACUCGCAGCAGGUGGGAUGGAGAAGGUUAGGCCACUUCCUGGGUCCCUGGCUUGUUACGACUGUCUGUGGGUGGCUUGCCUUCUGGGUUAUCUCAAUCGGUGUUUCAAUAAAUGCUGC